GUCCCCGAUGCCCUCACCUCUACCUCUCCAGCAUCUCGGCUACCCCCGCCGGGCUACCCCCGCCGGGCUGGGCCCCAGUCCGAAUCCCCACCUAGCCACCACGCCCGACGCACACGCAGGAUAAAGGGGCCGGGGACGCAAGCCAGCGGGGUCGUCGUCUGCCCUCUCCGUCUUGUCGUCCUCGCUUCAUCUCCGACUGCCCAGUUUCGCCAGGCCUCAUCAUCCACACUGCAGCUCUCGCGCCCGGAGAAAGCCACACCUCCGUCGCCGCCUGAAGAGGCUCGACGCGUCGCAAGCGGGGAUCGUGAGAUGGAGAGUGGAGGAAGGUUGCAUUGCGUUGAUUACAUGAGGUUGUCCUCGCCGACAUUGGCAGCAGGCCCUCGUAGCCGGGGUCACGUCCCGUUCUCCGGCGCCCAUAUACGGGACGGCUAGCUCUCACCAACCCUCCGCUGUUGGUCUCUCUCUUUCCCUUCCUCACCAGCGUGCCAUCUCGCCCCUCACACUCCUUUUUCCGGUCUGCAGCAGACCUGAACCGCCAGUCAUUUCGGCGUACCAGACAGAAUCUUGUCUUGGCCUCGCCUGUCGCUCCUUUGAUACCUGGCCCGCGCGAUAUCGGCACCGCUGCUUCGCCAAUAGAUCUCCCUCCCCCAACACCACCCCUGUCGCAGCGCUCCAUUGCAUCAUGAAGGCCUCGAUCGUGAUUGCCGCCCUCUCGGGGUUGGCUAGCGCGUCCACGCGCGUGCCGCCGCGCUCUCCCGCAGGCAACUGCCGCUGCCUGCCCGGUGAUGAGUGCUGGCCAUCCACGUCCGCGUGGGGCAAGUUCAACUCGACGGUCAGUGGCCGGCUCAUCGCCACCGCCCCGCUCGGUUCCGUGUGCCACGAGCCCAAUUAUGAUGAGGCCAAGUGCGCUGCCGUGCGCGCCAAGUGGACGAACCCGGAGCUGCACAUCGUCACCACCUCCUCGCCCAUGGAACCCUUCUUCGCCAACCAAAGCUGCGAUCCCUUCACGGACAAAAAUCUACCCUGCACCCUGGGCAACCUUGUCAGCUACUCUGUCAACGUUUCCACCGCUGCCCACGUCCAGGCCGCGCUGAAGUUUGCCCAGCAGAGCAACAUCCGGGUCAACAUCCGCAACACGGGACACGACUUCCUGGGGCGCUCCACCGGUGCUGGUGCACUGUCCAUCUGGACCCACAACCUCCAGAACAUCGACUUCAUCGACUGGAAGGACGCCGGCGCCGCCUAUGAGGGGCCUGCCGUCAAGGUCGCCGCCGGCGUCCAGGGCUGGCAGGUCACCGAGGCCGCCCACGCAAAGGGCCUCGUCGUCGUCGGCGGCGAGUGCCCGACCGUCGGCCUCGCCGGUGGCUACAUCCAGGGCGGCGGCCACUCCGCCCUGAGCACCUCGUUUGGUCUUGCUGCCGACUCGGCCCUCGAGUUCGAGGUUGUCCUCGCCAGCGGCAAGAUCGUCAAGGCCAACCGCAAGUCCAACACUGACCUCUUCUGGGCCCUCCGCGGCGGCGGCGGCGGCACCUAUGGCGUCGUCAUGAGCGUGACCGUGGCCGCCUACCCCAACAAGACCGUCGGCGGCGCCUUCCUCUCGACCGCCUCCAGCGUCACCACCCCUGAGAAGUGGACCCAGCUCAUCUCCCGGUUCCACGGCCUCAUCCCCAACAUGACCGACGCCGGCGCCAGCGUUGUCUACUACGCCAGCAGCGCCAUCUUCGCCAUCCGCCCCGUCACCGUCUACGACGCCAACAAGACCUACGUCCAGGACGUCGUUAUGAAGCCCGUAACCGACCUGUUUGCCGAGCUGGGAAUCCCCUACCAGGGCGGCUUCACCGAGCUGAGCUACCGCGACCACUACGACAGGUACAUGGGUCCCCUCCCGACCGGCUGGAUCACCAUCGCCAGCUUCAACUUUGGCGGCCGCCUCAUCCCGCGCGACGUGCUCGCCGACCCGGCCAAGCUGUCCACCUUCAACACCGCCCUGGGCAAGCUCCACGCCGGCGGCGUGCUCGCCGUCGGCACGGCCGCCGCCUACAACGUCCGCAAGACCGACAUCGGCGCGACGCCCGUCUGGCGCACGACGGCCGUCCAGAUGCAGCUGACGACCCCGUGGGCCAACCAGGCCGACUGGACCUCCAACCUGGCGUCGCAGGAGCGCAUGACCAAGGAGUUCAUGCCCACCAUCGAGGCCGCCACCCCGGGUGGCGGCUCGUACCUCAACGAGGCCGACUUCAACCAGCCCAACUGGCAGGAGGCCUUCUUCGGCGCCAACUACGCCCGCCUCCGCGACAUCAAGUGCAAGUACGACCCAUUCAACGUCCUGUACAUCCUCAAGGGUGUUGGCAGUGACGGCUGGAAUGUCGCCGCCGAUGGCCGCAUGUGCCGCGCCUAAGAGGGUUUGCGCUGUCUGCAGUCGGUGGAGGGGAUGUCGAUAAAUAUGUAUAAACCUGUCUCCCAUGGAUGUGUCAACGACUGGAGUCGGGGUGGUACCUGAUGUGUUACGAUAAGAUGGUAUAUAGCAUUGGGGUGGCAAAUUCGAUCUCGUGCAUUUCUACUUGGUCUCUGUUUCGCCUCCGUUCCUCGUUACAGCCACGGGGUGUUGAAGC